UUACUUAAUACCAACUUAAAUCUAUUAAUUUCUGCUCUAAAGGCUCUCUCUGAGGUAGUUUAUUAAAUAAUUUAAUGUUCAUGAAGAUAUGGCUACUUUUUCAAUUUUUCUAAUUAAUUUUACUGAAACUUGAUUAUAAGUAAAUAACUAUGCCUUGUAUUGAGGGUAUGAAUAUCUUGCUUAAAUUUAAAAAGGUACAAGUUUUCCUUAACAUUAACUAAACAAGAAUAAAUAUACAUACUAGGAAAUGUCAUUAUUUGAAGUUCUUUAAAAAUGGGAAAACAUGACUCUGGUAUCGAUUUAAUUGCCCUUAAAGCUUUCUUCUGCCAAAUAAACAUUCUAUCUGCAUGACUGCUAUUGCCCAAAGUGUAAUUCCAUGAUCCUAAUUUCUGUGAUCUUAUCAAAUAAGAUGGCAAAAAAUGUGUAUUAUUCUGGGAAAUGAUUCAUGUUGUAUUUUUUACUCAAGGCAAAUUUAAUAUAAACUUUUUUAAAUUAUUUUAUUUAAAUUAAAACUAUUUUCAGAAUUUAACAGACAUUAUAGUAAUUUACAACAAAUAUGAACAUGAAGUGAUCUGAAUUGUCAGUUGAAAAUAAAUAUUCAUUAAAUGACAACAUUUAAGUUAGUUAAUCAUUCAAUGUUUCCCAUAUGUAUCUGCAUUGCCCCCAGCCCAGUUUGGACACAGAAAUUUAUCUUAUAAAAUACUGAAGUAAUGUAACAAUGGUUCUGGGUUAGAGAUUCAGACAGACUGACUACAAAAAACCAAACAAACCAAAAGUAUUAUCUACUUACUGCUGACAGAUAAUUAGAAACUAAACCAGUCCAAACCGAGAUCGGUGCAAGCCUGCUGAUAGUGAGGAAUGCAUGACUCAGCAGUGUUUUGCUGAAGCAGCAGCUAUAUAACGGAGGCUCAGGGGCUAUCAUUUAUUGCUGGCAGUGUGGAAGUGAACAUGCUACUGGUGGUGCUUUCAUUUGUGGUGGGGAGUUUUAGCUUGCCGAUUGAUGACCUGGCCAGUCUCAGUGCACCAGAUUACGAUGAUAGUCACAUAUAUAUAGAGACUGUCACGCUGAAACUUCCCCUCAAGGAUAAAACAGAUCCCCACAAUGGUACUGUAACUUGGGAUGAGUGCUCAGAUGUAUGCAAGACCUGCGAUGUUGAUCCUGAAAACGAAAAUGGAGCUCUUUGUGUGUGCGCUGCCGAAAAUAAUAAACAAUCAGAGUGUCUUUCGGAAAGUAUCAAGAACAUUAGAAAAAAGGGCCUCAAGUAUGAAGUUAUAAAAACAUAUGUGACAGACGAAGAGCCUUUCGAUAGCUUUUUGAAAGAUUUCUACGACGAUAACCAUCCGAUCUGGGAAGAGUUGACGAAGAGGCUGGCGCAAGACAAUGCGCGGGAUGAGCGAUGUCUCAGCCUGGCUACACUCGGGAGUCCUCGUGCCUCGCUGCAGAGUAUUCUUGGGGAUGGAUUACGUACCGAUCUCACUCUGGCCGAGAGAGCAGCUGAAUUCCGUAAAAGAGUUGAAGCUCUUCGCUCACUAUCAAUUUUAGGCCUGAGGAGAGCCCAAGCUGAUGGUAAAGAUCCAGCAGAUUCUGGGGUUAAACCCCAAGAAGCACCACAAACUCUCCUUCCGGUCUCACCCUUCCUGGACACGCCUCUUGGACAAAAUACCCCAGAGGAAAUCAAAGAUCUGGUGAAGGCAACAGAUGGUGUGGUUGAAAAAGUAGUUGGAACUCCAAAUUUGGAAGACCUACCCAAAAAAAUUGAUGACACUAUUGGAAGCCUGAUUCCAGAGCAAGAUUCAACCCUGACUAAGUUACCCCAUGGUGGUGUUCAGCUUCCGGCAGAUCUACCUGGAGUCGCCUCAUUACAAAAAUCAUCAGACACACUGGCCACAGAUUUGAAAGAUAAUUUAGGGAGUAUAGCAGAUUUAAAACAUAGGAGUCACAGAUCUCCAAAUCCUUCCAUUCUUGACACACAUUUUCCUGGUCCACGUAUUCCAAACCCCACUGUUCAAAGUCCAACUGUCUCAAGCACUAAAAUUUUUGGCAGAAAGGUAUCCCACAAUUCAUCAGAUUAGUUUAGUUAAUUUUGAUCAUGCCCAAAUUGUAAGAUAAAAAUCCCUUAUUUUUAAUUAUUUCUAUUUGAUUUUUACAUAGUUUUAGUACUUUUUUCAUUUUUAUAUUGUUUUGUAUUUUAUUUAAAUAAAACAAAUGUUUAAUAA